AUGGCGCCUCAAGCGGUUCAUACGCUUAGUUCCAUUUUGGUAUACUCUCAUAAAAUGGAUCUUCGGUUAAACAGUCCAAGAGCCAUUUACCAAACAUACUGCGUUGCGGUGCUCUUGCUGCUAUGCUUUCAAUGCCAUUCCUCGGAUGCCUUUAUUUAUCGUUUAAUAUCGGAUCUACUAUCGAAUAAUGUUGCUGGAGCUCCCGUUUUGCAUGAAAGGACCGAUUGGGAUUUUGAUCCAGAAGCUGCCAGAGAAUCUCGGGCUAUAUAUUAUGAGAAACAUGGUUUCCGUGGAGAAAAAUACAUUGAACGCAUUGGUGUUGGUGAAGAUGGUAAACAGGAUGAAAGACGAGCCGAACAACAGCAGAGAGAUUUGGGACGUUUAAAUGGUGAACAUUGGAUUAAUUAUCCAGGACCACAACGAUAA